ACAGUGGAAAGUAGGCUCCUUAUGAUACUGGUUUAUGACUAUAUGUCUAUGUGUGGUUGAGUGAAUCUGUGUGUUAGUUUGUGUGUAGGUGUGUGUCUGUGUGAAUGUGGGUGGCUAUGCUUAUGUACGUUAACUGUGGAUGUGUGUUUUUACGUGUAUGUGUCUGUGUGUGUUUAAAUGGGUGUUUAUGUUAAUUAUCUUUGUACAUGAUUACGCGUAUGUGUGUGUUUACGUGCACUUAUGUGUAUGCGUGUCUGAGCGAUUACAAACCUGUGUGAGUAUAUGUGUGUGUGUCUGUGUGAGUAUAUGUGUGGAUAAGAGUCUGUGUGUGAGUUUGUGUGUGUGCAUGUGUAUAAGUAUCUGAGUGUGUGUCUGUAUGUUCUGUGUUUCUGCAGGUCCCCCAUCAUACACAAAGCAGAAAAGGCCCCAAGUGGACGAUGAGACCAUGGUAAGAACCCUCUGCUGGCACCCUGGCUGGGUCCCUCUGUCCUUGCCACAGGUCACAGAAUCGGUCAGUGUCACUGAUGAGGUCACAGAAUGAUUCCAGGAUCCUAGUAACCAUGAGGAGCCCAGCAGCCACUCAGGCAGGGGCCACCUGGAGGGCUUCAGCACCGCCCAAACAAACUCUCACCAGACAGUUGGAGCACUGCUGGACCCUUGGGUGCGGGUUUCAAAUCAUGAAACGCCUCUUCGUGGACCACACAGGACAGCAGUCACCAUCAGAUGGAGCCACUCUCAGCUUGGUCAGCCCUGAGUCUACCGUGGAAAGUGAGGAGGUGUGUUGGCCAGGGACCAUGAAGAGGGAGGAGUCUCCUCGGCCCGGGCCUGCUGUUCCCCACGACAGGGACCUCUACUUCUCCUCCAGGGCUCUGGGGGCGCUGAGCUGGAGCAGCACCCCUCCGUCACAGUCCUCCUCCGAGUACCAGUCCUACUCCCAGUACCAGUCCUGCUGCUCCGGCAGGUUCGAGCAGGAGGGUGGGGUCCCGCAGAGCGCGUGCGCCUUCUACACCCACGUGCAGACCGUGCGCGGCGUGGCCGUGGCCUGGGAGACCGAGGCCGGCUUCGGGCCGGUCAGCACCAAGCCCCGCCUUUAUGAAGCCGAAUUCAUUAAGAGGCAAAGGAGGAAAGGGUCCUCCUUCGAGAUGGCUUCCAACACGGACCUGCGCUGGGACCUGGAAGCCAGCAAGAACCGCUGCCCGCAGCCGGAGGAGUCGGAGCUGCUGGGGCCGCUGGACUGCCGCCUCCAGGAGCUGCGGGACCCCCCGGACUGGCUGGUCACCACCGACUAUGGGCUGCGCUGCGUCGCCUGCUGCCGGGUCUUCCCCACGCUGGAGGCGCUGCUGGAGCAUGUCCAGCACGGCGUCAAAGAGGGCUUCAGCUGCCAGGUUUUUUUCGAGGAGAUGCUGGAGAGAAGGCGGGCUCGGGAACAAGGUCACGACCAGCAGGCGGAGGAGGGGGAACAGGACCCCUCGGACAGCAGCGAACGUUCUAAGGCCCACGGCAGAGUGCCCCAGUCACAGCAGGAGCAGUGAGCUGGAGGUCACGUUCCCAGUCCUGCUCUCACCUCCAGCGCCGGGGUGCUCCUUCCCCCGCAGAGGACCAGAGCCACCAGGGCAGGGAGAGAGGCCCACAGGCCGUGGGGGAAGGCCACCAGUGGGUGCAGAGAAGGAGCACCGUUAGAGAAGAGGGGGAUGGAGCCCUCCCACAGGCACACUGUCGCAGCCAGUCUAUUCCAAAACUUGGGUGCAGAGAAGAGGGCUUCCAGCUCUCCAGUGGUGGUCACCGUACCCGGAAGGCACAAGUGGGAGGCCUCAUGGGUGUUUAUUUUUGCUGGUGAUCUAGAGACUCUGCACUUGCUGGAUAAUCAGCAAGACCCGAAGGAAAGCUGAUCACACAGGAAGCUUUCGCCCUAUUGUCUUCAUCAUUAGGAAUCCUUCCUAAUGCCCUAGUUCUGUCAUAGUGCUAGUGGGAUUAAAGUUGAAUAACUCAAACUUUG